AUGGUGAAGGGUAGCUGGCACGCAGAUGCAGUUGCCUAUACCAUUAAAAACUGAUUAUUUCUUCUUCAUACAAUUUCCUCACACCUUCUCUUCUCUUGGUUCAACAAAUACGCGUUGUCCCCCUCCCUCUCUAUAUACUUGGGUCCAACACUCCUCCAAAGCACAUACAUAGUUGAUAGUUUCACAUGGCAAAUCAAAUGGAUGGUAGCAUUGACAUGAGAGUUGAUGCACUAAGUUAUAGUUGGAGAGUGGACAGUAUGAUAAGGAGUGAGACUGCAUCAAAUUUGGGAGAAUCCCCUCUCCCUAGUUUUGGUUCGCGAGUGGACAGAGCCAUAAGGAGUAGGACUCCAUCGUCAAUGUCAAAUUUUGGAACAUCCCCUCUCCAUACUUUUCCACGGUUAUUCACCCUGUCUGAGCUUCAAACAGCCACCAACAAUUUCUCAUUUCACAACAGGAUUGGUAUUGGAAACAGCGGUUUUGUGUACAGAGGCAAACUGGAUGAUGGUGGUGAGGUGGCAAUCAAAAGGAGUGAUGCCUUGUCAAAUACAAAGACUCCAUUCAACUCUGAAUUGGCCAUCUUGUCCCGUGUACCACAGCACGAGCACUUGGUUGGGGUAGUUGGGCUCUGUCAAGAGAGAAGUGAGAGUUUCUUGGUAUAUGAGUACAUGAAUAAUGGGUCGUUGUACGAUAAUUUGCAUUAUAAGUAUAACAGUGUGUUGAGUUCGUGGAAAAUGAGCAUCAAAAUUGCUUUGGAUGUUUCUCGGGGAAUCCAAUAUCUUCUUAAUAAUACGGUGCCACAUGUUGACAGAGUAAUAAAGUCUUGCAACAUUCUUCUUGAUGGCACUUGGACGGCGAGAGUAUCUGAUUUUAGAUUGACGUUUAAGAAGAACACAAUGGGAUGGGUGGAUUGCAUUCAUCCCAAGGGGAAAUGUGCAAAUGAGAUGACAGAAGAGAAGGAUGUAUAUGCGCUUGGAGUUGUACUACUAGAACUAUUAACCGGAAAGAGACCUGAUUUCAGGUAUUGGGAUGAUAGAGACACCUUAUUAAAAAGUAAAAAGGAUAUUAAGUCAUUAUCUUGUAAAAAUAGAUA